AUGGGAUUUAAAAGGUAUUCAGAAUUGAUUGCUUAUCUUCUUGUUGCUGAACAACAUAAUGAGCUUCUAAUGAGAAAUCAUGAAAGUCGACCUCCUGAUACUGCUCUAUUCCCUGAAGUGAAUGCUACACAUUUUCACCAAUCCAGAAGUGAAAGAAGCCUUGGCCCCAGUCGUAGUUGUGAUCGUUGUCGUGGUCGUAGUCAUGGUCAUGGAAGAGGUAGAUAUUUUAAUCAAGGUGAUCAGUUUGCAAUAAAUAAUGACCCUCAACACCAGCAGUGUAAAAAGAAGGGUGAAGCUCCUGAAGCAGCGCCAAGGACGAACACCGAAAAUAGAUGUCGAUAUGGAGUAAAGGGACACAGUUCGCGUAUCUGUCGUACGCCAAAGCAUCUGGUGAAGCUCUAUCAGGCAUCCCUUAAAAAAAUAGAUAAUGGCGUUGAGGUAAACUUUAUUUUUGAAGAUAAUGUUAAGCCAAUGAAUUUAGAUGCCUCAAAUUUCUUUACAAUCUCCGAAGGAUAUAUUAAUUAUCCUGUAGAUGAUGAAUAUGAAAUAGUCUAA